UCUGAUAAACUACACUACCCAUAAGCCCUUGCAAUACUCACGGAAGUCCUUUUUCUUUCCUUCCGCCGUCGUAGAAGUCCCUUUUGGAUUUACAUCGGCGGUCACCAUGGCAGCCCUCAGGCCCCUCACAAAACCCAAGAUUGUCAAAAAGCGCACCAAGAAGUUCAUACGCCAUCAGUCUGACAGAUAUGUUAAGAUUGCGAAAAACUGGCGUAAGCCCAGAGGUAUUGACAACAGGGUCCGCAGGCGGUUCAAGGGUCAGAUGUUGAUGCCCAACAUCGGUUAUGGUAGCAACAAGAAGACCAAGUACAUGCUGCCAACUGGCUUCAAGAAGUUCCUGGUACAUAAUGUCAAGGAACUCGAGGUUCUGAUGAUGAGUAACAAGACUCACUGUGCUGAGAUCGCCCACAACGUCUCCUCCAAGAACAGGAAGCUGAUCGUGGAGAGGGCAGCUCAGCUGGCCAUCAAGAUCACCAACCCCAACGCCAGGCUCAGGAGCGAGGAGAACGAAUAAACUGGUUAAUAACAAUAAACGCUUAAAAAUUGAAA